ACUAGCAGUAUGGAUGAUAAUCAAACCCAUAUUGAAGCUGACACUCCGAAUUCGGAGCCGACUAUUGAGCCGCAAGUGGAGGUAGAUGCUUCCAAUCUCGUGUUGAACCCGUCGUUCCACAUGCAGGGCGUUCCGAUGAAUGGCGACAUGGCUGGUUCAAGCUUAAGUUCAUGCAUAGGAGACAAAUUUAACGAUGGUUCCACAGACACCACAGACAAUUUCGAGGAUGUGGCUGUUCCAGACAACCGCGAGGAUGUGGCUGUUCCAGGCAUACAGAUGCACGAAAACCCACAGCCCAGCUCUUCAAAAAUAUCGAACACAUCCAAUUUUAAAGCUAAUUUGCAGCCAACUCGUCGUCGACGCACCGCACCGGCCUACUUCAAUGAUCCGGAAUCAAUUGGAGCGCGUGUGGCCAAGCGUAGUAGAGGCAGAGCUGCCCCUAUUGAAUUAGCUGCGCCCCUAGACAUAACAAACUUCCUUCAGGGGUUGUCUGCCCGAAUGGUGACCGAGCGCCUGACCCAGCAGGCCUUUCUGCAGUUUACCAAAACCGCUAAUCGCGCAGUGCAAAAAGCCAUAGCUAGCUCCAAAAGAGCCUUGGGGGAGGCCCCUAAGUAGUGGAUGCACAUU